GCUCCUCCAGCUCGCGGCAGAAAGCUCGAGGUUUCCGAGGCACUGGAAGCAAAGUAUAGCACCCAGAAACACGCAAGCAACGCUGGACGGGGGCAGUUGAGUAAUAGCAUUGCCACCCGCUCAAAUUCUAAGCUGAACGCAGCAAUCUAUAAAUUCGCUGUUUCUCGAGGACUUCAGGCAUUAGCGCCCCGAAAUGCCCCUCCCGACACUCACCAGGUCUUGAGUCCUAGGGGCAAGGACACGAUCGAAGAAGAUCAGUUGACAGAUAAUACAUUUCCUGGAAGUACAAUCCUCACACAGCAAACAGAUACUGACAAAGAGGAACCUAGCUUGACCCCAAUGGACACAGAAAAAAACGAGCCCUAA